CAGAACCAAGUCAAGGUUUGCAAUUUUCGUGCAAUUUUAAAUUUUCUUGCCGAAUUGAUUGUCAACAUUAUCAAAUUAGUGAAUACAGAAAGGAUUCAUCUCAUUUUACCUACAUGAUACUAAUGAAACAAUUUUAUUUUCAUGUGCUCUAUUUUUGUGCAAUAAACAUUUCUGUACAGUGAUAUUUUUGAUCAGCAAUGCCCGUGGGCAGAAAGCGGUGGAACCUUCAUGAUGGACCACAAGGAUCUCUGCGAAGACUUCGCAAUCAGCUGGCCGAGGAUGGGUGCGCAGAAUCACAGGUUGUUCUGGCUAAACAACUCUUGGAAGAAAAAUGUGAACUUGAAGCAGACAAAAUAUCAAAUUUUAAACAAGCAUUAGAUUGGUUGAUAUGUGCCACUGAGCAGGCUCACCCUGAGGCCAGGAGGAUGUUGAGAAGGUGCAUCCGGAGCGGCGUGAUAGACGAGGACAGCGCGGCCAUCGUCCGCGCCAAGUCGUGCCUGGCCGCCAGCCGCCAGGAGACAGUCGCCAGGAAGGCUGCGCGGGACCUUUUUGCUAGUUUAUCAAACGGCGAGCAGUACAUUACAACGGCACAGUUGGAGAGGCGGAUCCGGGAGAUAUGUAGCACCACGCUCAGGAAACAGCCGGACGAGGACUCGCCUGAUGAGGAACCAGCAGAAGAACCGCGCGCCCUCCACGACGAGCAAGCUUUGGAGCCGUCUCCCCUGGAGGCCGGAGACAUCCCACACACAAACGGCGCGAUCAGGACCGCCUCGGUUUCCGACGAAGAUUAUCCAGAACGAUGUCCCAACGAGGAAAUACGGAAUCUAACCGUAGACAAUCUAGUCAGUGCAGCCGUAGACUAUUGCCAGGGAGAAUUGCCCCUUGUGACCUACGAGUUAACGCUCACAGACCCGGGCCUCAAGGCCUUAGACCACAUACCAAUAUUACACCAAGCCUUCCUACAUCCAAUAGUCUUCUUACAAGUAUUAUACUUGAAACUCUUAUAUUACUUCGCGACAUUCUCCUUCAGACUGUCUAAUGUGGAAUUAUCAUUACUCUUAAUAGCGUAUUUAUCUGUCACAACGGACAGUCUUUAUCACCUGGUUCCGCUCGUUUUAUAUUACGUGAGUUUCGUCGCUAUGGUUAUUUGUACGUUCAAAAUGUUGCAUGCGAAACGACAAUUUAUAGACUUCAGAAAAUGGUCGGGCCUAUUCUUAAGAUACAGCGACGGCAAUCUCCAACCCGAUGAGUCGGAGAAUCUUUUCGUUCGAAACAAUUUAGGUCCGUUUCUUCAAUUCUUCUUAGCGUUAUUCACGAAUCUGUUCUUAUACCCUUUUAUAGCGACGCAAUGGGUACCGUUUUCGGAGUUUUGCGUUUUGUCGUUUUUCCUUAUGUUUUUGACUUUAUUCACGUUUGGGACUGACAGUGAUUCGUAUCCAGAUUUGUUAGCUUUAAUUUCGUUCGGAAUUAAUGUCCUGGCGAAAUAUCCGUACGAGAAAGACACAGUCGUACACCAGGGUUGGCGGUUUCUCGAUUUGCACAUAUCGAAUUAUCCGUCUUAUAUACUUGGCAAUAGCAUCGAGUUUUGUUUGAACGCACGCGUGUUCUUUUCUCUAUUAAUUCCUACUAUAUUGAUAGGGAUGGCUAAAAGGCGAAAUUGGCAGGGAUUUUUCAAGUACGCAAUACCUCAUUGUGUGACGUUAAGUUGGUUGCAAAUGUUUAUAAUGUGUUCGCACGGGUGUACCACGUACGGUUUGAUACGUGGCACUCUCGGAUUGGUCUGUUCGUUUUUGUUCUUGCCUCUGAUUGGCGUAGCGACUGUCACCCUGCCAAUAUUCGCGUUCCUGCAGUGUAUAACGUUGUCUAAAGUGUUUUAUACUGUGACGAUUGUGGUGGGUUUCGCUGUCAGUGUGAGCGUGUCGUGUUUGCUCGCUAAGUCGGAGGCUACGAAGAAGUUUGUCACUCCGUUUCAGCUCACCAUCGGCCUCAUAACCCUAGUAUACUUUGGUAACCAGUUCGUAACCAACAUACAAGACGACGGCCUACCCACCGGCCUGAUAGAACUAAUAGCAGACAGAAAAUCCAGCAUCAGGAACCUACUCAAAAACGAAUACAUUACAGAUUACGACGACAACACGUACUACAUAACUUGGGAGGAUUAUUACAACAAUUGCAAUUCUCCAUCUUGGGCGGAUUAUAAUAUGGCGACGACGCAAAUCAAAUGUUCGAUUUUAGAAGGCGCCAAUGUAAAUUGGGAGGGUUAUGUUAAGGAUGUUAAAUUAAAAAGUGUGGUGAAUAGGUGGAAUGUUAUCGCGUCGUGGUUACCAAGUUUUUUGACGGAGUAUUUUAAGUGCUUCUAUGGGGAAGAGUAUGCGACUUGGUGCGGGGUCGAUAGCCAGUUUUCGAUCAAGGAAUGCGAAUUUAUAAUGAAUUCCGCGAGGCAUACGGCGAAGAUCUGUCAUUUGAACAAUAUGGAUGAAUACACUUACGAAGUCAAAAUCUUAAUGGAAACGAGCAGCGGUCUCCUCUCUCGGCCUGCAGAAGUUUCCGUCACUUUCGAUCAUUUCUUCACCAAUUUCACGAGACUUCUCCGCUCCGACGACAAAAUCCGCUUCAAAGGAGUUCUCUUGAACGAACCAGGAUCCUACUCUAUCGGCGACAGAAACCUCAAAAUACAAGGCUACGAGAUACAAUGCGUAGAAUGCAAGAACAACAGAGGAAGCGUCAGUGCAAAAACGCCAGUGGUGUCGAAAUUUUCAGAGUUGUUUAAAACGAUCGCGAACGAUUGUGUGGUGUCGACGAAAUAUAUCUUGAAUUUCUUGUUGAAUCCAGUGAUUGUGUUUAAAUAAAUUGUUUAUGUCGAUUGAGUUUUUGUGGCGUUUUGUAGGAAGAUUUGGAGUUGGAAUUCUUGUGGGAAUUAAUUUGACUGAAAAGAAAAGCCUCCUAUCUUUGUAAAUGACGUGACUAUAGGAAGCACGAUUUAAUUGCUAUUUAAUCGAUUGAUUGGAUUCAAUCUUCUUGAAUCCGAUUAAAUGUAACUUUCAAAUUCCUUUCUUUCAAUCUUACUACCAGUUAUCUCUUGUCUUUCAUCAAGAUGUUUAAUGUCAGGCUUGAAGUAUGCCUUCAAAACUAUUUAUUUAGGUAGGUAUGCGUAUUUAAAUGUGUUACUUACAUACGCUACUUAUAUGUGAAACUAUUAGGAAUAUCUGUGAGAACAGUGAACUAGAAAUCGAAUCUCAUAAACUCAGACUCCAGAGACUGACACAAUAUUAUUUUGGCUUUAAUAGUUCAAAGAAAACCCAGUUCGUCUUGGAAGCCCAUUACUAAAUUUUAAUUAAGUACUGAAUAUAAAUUUUUAGUAAGUAGUAUUUUACUAAUGCAGUAAACACAUGAAAAAAAUCACAAAUUUAAUCGAUGUCUUUGUUAACAAGCUAAAGAUUGAGAGACUCCCCUAGGGGACAUAAAAAGGGAUAUUAGCCUGAUUAGUCUGAUUAUACACAGUUUGAAACAAGAGAUAAAAUUAUAAUCAAUGGUAAAAUAUUUGUUUGGAAUUAUCAAUGUGAUGUAUCUACAAAAAAUAUUAAAAUUAACAAAUUGAUUAUAUUAUUAUUUGGUUUGUGGAUUGAUAUAUAAGUUAGUUUCAGACUUUAAUUAAAUGCAUUUACCACUACAUUAUAAGGUCUUCUCAGAUAUUAUUAGAUUUUAUUUAUUUUAUGUAACUACAAAACAAACAUAUGCAAUUAAGAGGGACUACGUUUUAGUAAUCUUACCCUAAAAAGGUGCACUAAUUGUUUUUUUCUCUAACGUAUCUUCCUUAAUAUUUCAUUGUGUUGUUAUAUUAUACAUCAUGUAUGUAUUCGUCUGCCGCAUCAAGAUGAAAUAAAGGGCGCUAAUAACUUGAACACCUUAUUUUGUCAAUCUUGUUUUUAUAAUAUAUUUUCUUGUAUUUAUAUAUCUAUUUAUACUUUAAUUAAUUAAAUAAAAGAUUGACAAAAUUAAAAAGAUCAAAAGUACCUAUAUAAGAAUUAAUAGACAUUAAAAGAUAUUACUCUUAUGAUGAUAAUUUGCCACAAGUUUCAGCGAUUCUGAUACAGAAGAUAUUUUGCCAUCUAUGAACAAACAAAUAUUCAAGGAAUGGUUUUCAUUGCUUUAAUUUAUUAAAAUUAUUACUUUGUACGCAAAUAAAGAAUCUAUAUCUAUACUUGAUGUCUAAUAAUCAAAUGAAAAAUAAAGAGUAUUCCCUAGGGGACACCCCUACAUAGGUAGGGGAUACAUUUUUUUAUUGCUUUGUUUAUAAUAAAAACUUACAGUAACUAAUAGGGUAAAGAACCAAAUUAAAAUAUUCUUUACUAAAAAAGUGACAAGAAAUAAAAUAUCAUCAAAGUACCUAGUGAAACGCCCUAUGUUAGAGAUAAAAUGGGCGUUAAAAUGAUAUUAUGUAAUGAAUGUGUUGAUGUUUAAAUGUUAAAUGAAGUCUAUUUUAAAUGAAUUGUUAGAAACAAACAGGCAUAGUUAAUGUAUUUUGAUCGAAAUAUAUGACAUGAUGAAUUUA